AUGUUAAGCAUAUACAUAUCUAGAGCUGUGAUGACUGCUAGGGGUCGUGUUCCAAGGUCCGAUGUAGUUGAGCCAGCAUCUGAUAAACGCCCAAGUUUGCUAACCGGGACACUGGAAGAGCGCAGUGCCUGCUUAGACAAUGUUAAUACCGGCAACGGUGGCUUCCAUGUUGGUAUACACAUGCUAAGUGUACUAGCGGUACCUCGAGAAUUGUGGUUGAGUACCUUUCCGAUGUUGCCAUCAGACGCUCGUCGCUUCAUUAUGUGGAGAGUGUGGUACGUAAUUUCCGGCUGCGGUUGUGCAGGUCGGGUAUAG